ACCUUUAGGAGGAAGUACUCUCAUUUCAUGGUUGAGAGCUGCAUAGUUGAGGAUCAUAGGAACUAGGACGAGGAGGGAGACGUAGAAGAGCCGCUUUACCACUGGAAACCACUUCACUCCGUCGCUACGACGCGGCCUGCGAUUGCUGGGCUGAAAUCUCGGAUAUUCCUCCGUAGUCUCCCCGGAAUCGGCAUCUCUAGGUGCAGGACUGACGCUUUCAGCGACGCUUGCAGAGCCUUCUCCCUUGUUCGUCCUCUUUCGAGGCAACAUACUACAACACGAUUUCAAUAUUUCUGUGUAACCCACGUGGGUAUUUCGCUCAAUUAGAAAAUACACAAAUGGCAUCUUCAGCGUUUUCUGACUGGCUGUGCGUAGUACUAGAGACCGCAGGUGUGGACGGAGAGGUGUAUGGAGGAUACAUCAGCGGCAGUCUGGCCGCCAUGACCGGUUCCCCGCGGGAAGACGUGGAGGAAACGGUUCAGGACAUCCUUUCUGGGUGUUUGGAAGAGGAGGAGGAGAAGUGUAAGCAGUUGUGUGUGGAGAUAGUUGGAGAGUGGAUGACGAGAGAGACAGAGAGACUGGCAGCUGAAGCAAAGGAGGAGGAAGACAAGGAAAAAGAUGAAUCUAUGGGUGUUCCAGUCAGCAACAGCAGUAGAGGCGAGAGAGACAAGAAGAGAGAUGACCCCGUGGCCCUGAUAGGUGGACUCUCCGUCUCAGACAAGAAGAGACUAGUGGCUCAGUAUGGAGAUCUGUCCAAUGAUGAGGAUGAAUUAUAUCCUCCUUUCAACAUGUAUGAUCGUGAGGAUGAUCCUGGAGGGGGCGGAGGCUCACGAUAUUGCCACCACUCUCGAAACCACGCCCCAAAUAUGGCUGAAGUGUUUGAGAACAUGAAUGCCCGACUGGUGUCGCAAGCCGAGAGGGAGAAGAAGGAGAAGGAGAAGGCGGCCCACGAGGUGAAGGUGGAGAGAGACCGCAAUAAUAGAGAGGCUCAGAAACAGAAGGGUCUGGACCGCAAGGAAAAGGAGAAGAAACGGACCCAGAAACACGAGAGACGGAGAUAGCAUAACAUACCCGAAUAUUCGGUUCAAUUCGGACAACAUUCAAUUCCUGAGACAUAAUGGACUGUCGCGCGACAAUGAUUCGUGUUUAGGCGCAUGCGUGUAUUAAAAUGUGAGCGCA